GGAUUUGGAUCAAACACAUGUGAACAUGGUCAUGAUGCUGCUGUCAUCUGUUCAGAUGUGUCUAUUCUUUUAACUGGAUCUGGAUCAACUCAAUGUUCUGGCAGAGUUGAAGUUUAUCACAAUAACAGCUGGGGAACAGUCUGUGAUGAUGGCUGGGACUUAAAUGAUGCUGAGGUGGUUUGCAGACAGAUAAACUGUGGGUCUGCACUGGAAGUUCCUCCAUCAGCUGACUUUGGUGCAGGAACUGGACAGAUUUGGCUUGACAAUGUGACCUGUUCAGGAAAUGAAAGUUCUCUAACUGAGUGUCAACACAAUGGAUUUGGAUCAAACAGAUGUGAGCAUAGUCAGAAUGCUGCUGUCAUCUGUUCAGGUGAGAAAACUGUUAGAUUUAGGUCUGGAUCUUCUCGAUGCGCUGGCAGAGUUGAAAUCUUUCACAAUAACAUCUGGGGAACAGUCUCUGAUUGGUACUGGAACUUGAAUGAUGCUGAGGUGGUUUGCAGACAGUUAAACUGUGGGUCGGCACUAGAAGCUACUCAAUCAUCUAAAUUUGGUGCAGGAACUGGACAGGUCUGGCUCACUGAUGUGACCUGUUCAGGAAAUGAAAGUUCUCUUACUGAAUGUCAACACACUGGAUGGGGAAACUACUAUUACUACAACUAUUACAACCUACUACUACUACUACAACUACUAUGGACAUUCUUAUGA